AUGCAACCGUCGAUGCACCAAGACACUCUGGGGUCUGAUUCCUUAUCUCAACACCCGCGUGUUCAACAUGAAGCAAUCAUAAAAUCAGAAGAACCCGGUGAGAAAGACAUACAACAGAAGCCGUGGAAGUAUAUUGGCUAUAAAGGGUAUACCUCUUUCAUCACAUCGGAAGAUGACUUCUUCAUACUUCGCAGGUUCGACACGCUCAAUGUGCGCGUUGCAUUGGCGCUUCAGGAUGAGCUGUCGGGACUUGAGGAGGAGUUGGAGGCUCUGGACAAUGAGUUCAGCGAGAGAGCCGCAGGUGACUACAACAACGAUGAAUUCCUGAUCCAGCAGCAUACACUCCGAAAGCUUCCGGUAGCACCACGACGAGACGUGAAGAGUCUCCGUAAUUGGCAUCACAAUCACGACUAUAGAGCUAUUGAAAAAGAAGAGCAGAAGUACCUGGAUCAUGAGGAGGACCUUGUAGCCAUGGCCCAGAAAGAGAAGACCCCAUUACGACAAGUCAUCGAUGGGUCUCUUCGCCUACGAACGCUUUCUCUGUGGAGACACAGAGAAGAAUCAGUCGCGACUUACGACAAGAAAGAAGUGACGUACUACUCCGACAAACGGAUGAACAACUUUGCUUCAGCAGUCAUCAUCGCCAUCGGAGUUCUGAUACUCAUCACGCCCAUAUGGAUCCUCCAGGCGUUGACGGAUCUGAAGGCUAAACUCGCAGUCAUCACGGUCUUCAUCUUCGUUUUCCUCCUCGUUCUUUCCCUAGCUAUGGUGGCGAAACCUUUUGAGGCACUGGGCGCAACAGCUGCAUACGCGGCAGUACUGAUGGUUUUUCUUCAAAUACAGUCAGAAGGUCCUUGA